AUGCUCUCAGGAGACCGUCCGGAGGUGGCCGCGACGGUAGCAUCCGCCUGCGGCGUCGGCGAGUACCAGGCCGGGAUGCUGCCGGCCGACAAGGCGGAAGUCAUCGCCGGGAUGCAGGCCCAGGGACACACCGUGGCGAUGGUCGGCGACGGCAUCAACGACGCGCCGGCGCUGGCUCGCGCCAACGUCGGGAUUGCCAUGGGCGGUGGAACCGACAUCGCCCGCGAAACGGCGGACGUCACCCUGAUGCGGGACGACCUCGCCGGCGUCGCCACCGCUCUGCGGCUGUCUCGAUCAACCAUGCGCACCAUCCGGCAAAACCUGUUCUGGGCCUUCUUCUACAACACGCUCCUGAUCCCGGUGGCGGCCGGGGCGCUGUACCCGGUGUUCGCCGCGGUGGGGGGAGUGCCGGGAGGCCUGACGUUCUUCUUCGGCGAGGCCGGCUUCCUGAACCCCAUCCUGGCCGCGCUGGCGAUGGCGUUCAGCUCGGUUAGCGUGGUCAGCAACUCUCUGCGACUGCGACGGGCCAACCUGGGGUAA